AUGGACCAGAGAAAAGGCAUCUUCAAAUUCAUCCGGGUGAGCCGCCACGGCAUCCUAGGCGUUACCUACCACGUCUUUCGCGUCGCCGAAUUCAUUACCUUGAUCGCCAUUAUCGGUCUCACAGCUUCUUUCGUUUCUGACAUGGUCAAUGCCAAUGUCUCCCCUCCAUCUCUCCUCGUCGCUAUCCUUUCUCUCGUCGUCCUAACAGAACUCUACAUAAUAAUAACCUCAAUCCUCUUCUACGACCACAAAAUGGCCUUCAAGUGGGCUCUCUGCUUGGACUGCAUCAUCCUAGCCGGUCUGAUCGUCAUUGCCGUCGAAGCCGGGAAACCACUCUCAUACCUGCGUUGCUCUGAUAUCGGCACUUCCGAUGAUGCGUCAACUUUUGAGUCUACCUUGUCCGGUCUUGCGGGUGCGCUCAGUUCUGUGACAGGGUCGAACGCUUUUUCGAAUUUCAUUGCGUCGGCAAGACAUGUUUGUACUGAGAUGAAGGCUAUUUGGGGGUUGAUCAUUGCAAAUUGUAUUUUCUUCGCAUUUACCGUUAUCACUGGCACUAUUCUCUCAUGGAUGGAUAGACGGUCUCAUCAGCAAAAGGAAGUUGAUGUGUAG